GAAUUACUAGUAUCACUAAGUAACAUUCUUUUUAGGAAGCAAACAAUUUCAUCCCUUGAGCAAAGCCCGAACCUUAUAUUUUGGGCUCCUUGAGCAAAGCCUGAACCUAAUGUUUGAGCAGCAGAAAAAAGCCCAUCAAAUAUAGAGAGAAGCGAAACGGUGCGUGUAAGCCAUCUUUGUAGGAACACAGUGUGAGACUCACCGAGCAGCAGAGCAAGAGCUCCACCGCCGUCGAACCGCCGCACUCUGCUUCUGCUUUGAAUUCAGCGUUUUAGGGUUUAAGGGAAUAGAAUUGGGGCUGGAGAUUGGGAAUGGAAAUCGAGAGAAAGAAGAAAAGGAAGAAAUCGACGAAGGAAGGUGGGAAGGAUGAGAAGCAGCGAGGGGUUUGCUAUUUGGGUCGGAUUCCGCCACGCAAUGAUCCGUCGACGCUUCGUCAGAUGCUCUCUCAGCACGGAGAGAUACAGAGGCUUUAUCUUGCACCUCAAGAUUCUUCCGGUCAUGUUCAAAUCAAAGCUGGUAAAUUUCAGAGGCAAAAUUUUUCAGAAGGGUGGGUUGAAUUUUCUGACAAAAGGGUUGCUAAGAGAGUUGCUAAUAUGUUAAAUGGUGAACAGAUAGGUGGGAAGAAGAGGUCGUCUUUCUACUAUGAUCUUUGGAAUAUCAAGUACUAGAAAUUCAAGUGGGAUAAUCUUACCGAAGAGAUUGCUUACAAGAAAGCCACCCGGGAGCAAAAACUAGCUUUAGAAAUCUCUGCUGCUAAGAAGGAGCGUGAUUUCUAUCUCACUAAAGUUGAGAAGUCCCGUGCUUUGAAUGCCAUAGAUGAAAGAUUGAAGAAGAGGCAAAGGGUCGAAGAAGAUUCAGGUAGCAAUCCGGAUCUCUCUGAUAGCCAGCCAGAACAUCAGGUAAUUCGCCGGUUCCGACAGAAGAAACCUGUUGCAAAUAAUGCUGCAAAAACCAAACCUCGGCUUUCUGGAGAUGUACUAUCAGCGGUAUUUGGUGGUUCUUAGUGCUCAAAAUUCUCAUGGAUUGGCAUACCUCAACCGGAAGAGCUGUAAAGGCGCAGGACAUCAUUUGGAGUUGAAUCUUGUGUCUGUGCUUUGAGUUGUAUUGUUCCAGUUUUCAGUGAUUAGGGCAAACUGCCAUCUCCAUUUGGUUUCGAUCGGAUCACAAGAUCGCGUCAUAGAAACCGUGCGAAAAAUACUUGUAUCUGUAUUUACUUAUCUGAUUCAUUACUUUUCA